AUGGCCAAGAGCACAUUAUCUAGUAGCUUGAGCGAGCCGCGGCGAAAUCCUAAGCGCAAGGCUGCUGAGGCUGCAAGGGAAUCUAUAAAUCUUCCCGAUAAUCUGCUGGAUGAGGCACUACGGCCUCUCACUCCAACGGAUAUUGAAGAAUGGGAAGGUUGGGUUGAGCUGGAGUCCGAACCUGCAUUCUUCAACGCUAUUCUGCAAGACUUGGGCGUCAGGGAUGUCAAAGUUCAAGAGCUCUUUAGCAUUGAUCAAAGCUGGAUAGACACAUUACCAAAGCCAGUAUACGGUUUAAUAUUUCUCUUCCAAUACACUCCCGAGUGGGACGAUGAUGAAGGGGAAGAUGAGACGGGUUCACUAUGGUUCGCAAAUCAGACUACCAACAAUGCCUGUGCUACGUUUGCUCUGCUCAACAUUGUUAUGAAUGCGCAGCACGUCGAGCUGGGCGAUCAGCUUCGGGAGUUCAAGGACGCAACUAAAAAUCUCAGCACUGUUCUACGAGGCCACGAAGUCAGCAACAACAAAUUCAUGAGAGGCAUUCACAAUUCUUUCACCAGGCGCAUGGAUCAUCUCAAUGCCGACCUUUGGCUGGAGAAUGCAGUAUCAGAUACCAAAACAAAAAAGGCAAAAACAGCAUCCAAAUCAUCAAAGAAAACAAGUAAGAAGAAAAGAGCAGACGACGCGUAUGGAUUUCACUUUGUUGCAUAUGUUCCUGUAGAUGGGUAUGUUUGGGAGCUCGAUGGGCUCCAAAGCAAACCACAUCGAGUAGGCCCUAUUGAGUCCGAUGAUGUCUGCUGGACAAAUAUCGCAAGACCUCAAAUUGAAGGUCGAAUAUUGCAAUACGAGGAAAGCCAGAUUUCCUUCAAUCUCUUAGCACUUUGUAGUAGCCCCUUGGCUCUCCACUCUCGCUCCAUUGCUCAAACAGUUGCAUCUAUACGCCAAUUAGAUGAGCAAAUGAAGCACAGCGCGGAAUACGCAAAGCUGAUAGAUGGCGAGAAACCCGUCUUGGAUUUGGCAAACCAGAGUCAGCUCUCUGAGUUCAGUCUUCGAAAAUCAGAUAUUGAGCAUGCAGCAUUACCAGAGUCGACACAAAGCAGGAUAUCACAGGCCGCGAAAAAUGUCGAUGACGCUUACGACCUUCGCCAGCAAUUCGUCGUCGAUACAAAAGUUGCUAUUGGGGAACAUAGAGCUGAAAUGAUAUCUUUGGCUGAGGACCAGCAGCGAGUCAUGGAUCGCAAGAAAGACUACGGACAAGCAUUGCAUAGAUGGGUACAGAAGCUCGCGGAAAGGGGGAUUCUGCAAGAGGCCAUUGAAAAUUCAUAAAGUUGGCAUGGCAGGGAUAAGAGCAGAGCUGACAUGGAUGUUGAAAAAUGAUGGGUG